ACUUCCUCUUUUCGCAUACACGAAGCUGGCUGUAAUCCUAGGAGGUGCUGUGUCCUUCGUCUGAAGCUAAGGCCUUUGAAUCCGGCGACUAGCACCGUUAUAUUUUAGGCAUCCGCCAAUCGAACCUUGACGAACACCUUAAAUAAUGGCAUCUACGUCUGAACUGGCUUGUAUUUACUCGGCUCUCAUCCUUCAUGACGAUGAAGUUACUGUCACUGAGGACAAGAUCAACGCGCUCAUUAAAGCUGCUGGUGUCACCGUUGAGCCAUUCUGGCCCAGUCUCUUUGCCAAGGCCUUGGCUAAUGUCGAGAUCUCUAGCUUGAUCUGCAGUGUUGGUGCUGGAGGUGGUGCCCCAGCUGGAGCAGCCCCUGCUGCCAGCGCUGCCACUGCUGCCCCAGCUGCAGCUGAAAAAGAGGAGAAGAAAGAAGAGAAGAAGGAUGAAUCUGAAGAGUCAGAUGACGAUAUGGGUUUUGGUCUUUUUGACUAAAUUUAUUUUGUAACUGAACCACAAAUAAAAAGAAAAAUGUACCUUUCA